AUGAUUAAAAUCAUUUCCCAAGAAUAUCAUGAAAGAACACGUUCAUUUGUUAAGUCAACCGUGAUCCAUAAGAUUUUAUGUUAUUUAGUAGAAUCAAUAGUAUCAGUUCGUCAGUCUUCUUAUAAGUUUCAUUUUCUACGUAGUACAAGUAACAAACUUGCCGCUUCAGUUGUCGCAAAUCAACAAGUGGUGGAUGCGAACCUUUCCAUACAAGAAUUAUCUUCCAUCAAAAAUAUCGACAAUAACAGCGAACAUUUAAACAUCACCGACAAGUAUCGUGACAAACGUGCAUUGGGUUUGAUUUUAUCAGGAUUGGCACAAAUUUUUGGAUAUAACGUGGCCCCAAUACAAUUGUCAUCUCUUCCUAAUCCAACUGGAACUGACAAUAAUGCAGGUGCAUCUGGUAAUAAUCAGAGUCCUUCUAUGCAACCACCAAUGCAACCACUUAUGCAACAACCUAUGCAACCACCAAUGCAAUCACCAAUGCAACCACAGAUGCAACCAUCUAUGCAACCACCAAUGCAGCAAACUUCGUCAUCUCAAAUGAUGCCAAUGAUGUCAACAACUCCAGCACAACCAAGGCAAAGAGAGACAAUAAGAUUUACAGGUGUUGUUAAUUUUGGGAAUAGAUCAGACGUGAUUGGACAUUUGCAACAAUAUGAAAGAAUGUUUCAUGGUGGUCAAACAGCUGCAUCAUCAUCCCCAUCACCAUCACCACCACCACCACCACAACCAUCAUCGAUGGCUUCACUCGUAUCAACAACUCCAGCAUCUUUCAGUACAAUGUCAUCAUUUGAUAUAAGGGAUUCAUUAAAAUAUAGGCCACCAUUGUUGACUCCUUUUUUAGUCAAAAUCCCUUUACCAAUAGCACCUAAUCUUCCACCACCAAUAUCUUCAACGAUGAUUAACAAUACUCCUAAUAAAAUGAAUAUUAUCAAUGUGCCACGUAAAAAGGAACAAGAAAUUGUUUAUAGGAAAAAUGAGAAUAUUGAAAAUUAUAGCGUCGAAAAUAAAGAAAUUCAAAAUGAGAAGGAUGUUGCCAGACCGGAAAGUAAAUUUCAACACAAUAUUUAUAUCGAUGAACCAUAUUGGAAAAAGUUGCACGAAGCAAGGAUUGCUCAAUUGGAACGUCAACAGGAAGAAUAUGCUGAAAGAUUGAAGGAACGUGAUAGGGAACGAAAUCAUAGUUAUCAACGAGAAAAUAAUUCUAAACAGGAAGAAAUAAAAUCACAAAAAGAAGAAGAGGAAGAAGAUGAAGAAGAAGAAAAACAACAAAAUCAUAAUUAUCAGGAAGAGGAUCAUUCUGAGCAAGAAGAACAAUCGAAAAAUCGUGAAAAAGAAGAAGAAGAAGAAGAAGAAGAACAUCCGGAAAAUAUUAAAGAAGAAAAAUAUGAAAGUAACGACGAAGAAUCGGAAAGUUCAGGUGAACGAUACGAAGAACAUCCAGGAUAUCCAAGAGGAGGUCCUGCGAAUGGAAAACAACGAUUACAAAAUACCGGAAAUUACAAGGAUUAUGAGAAUGAUUCUUAUAGGAAUUAUGAAAGGGAAGAAAAUAUCAAAGAACCAUUACCUAUAAGUGAUUAUUAUGAACAAGAUAAACCACCCCAACAACUUCGUGACAGUUAUGGUGAAAUUUUGGAUAAUCGAGCUUUGGUGGAUGAAAGGAUAGCUAAUUAUUUUGAUAAAAAUAAGAAUGAACAAAAUAAUGAUGAGAAUUCUGAUAAAAAUUCUGAAAUGGUCAAUGAAUCUGAAGAAAAAUCUGUGGAACGAUACGAGUUGAUAAAACUUGAACGGAACAACGAAGAUCCUUACAAACGAAUUCGUGAAGAGUAUGCUGUAGCACCUUUGGAAAAUAAAUAUGAAGAAUUUAAUUUAGAAACUACAGAUAAAUCGGAAUUAGAAAAUUUUGAUGACUUUGCAAUUGUCAAACACACGCCUUACAUUUUACCAAUUCGUUAUGUUAAUGGGCCAGACGAAAUUGAAGAAGCUAGAGCACGUCGUUUUCAUUCCGAAAAAAUCAAGAAAGCUAAUCAUACAAGAAAUAUCAUCAACGAGAAAAGAUUACCAAGAAAAAAACCAAAAAUCGAAGAUUUAACACCGAAAAUUGGUCUCCCGGAAAGAUUGAUUGCAAAAAAAUUACACGAAGGUGAAACUAAAGAAGUUCAAAUAUGGCCGGCACCGUUUGAUUUUAUUUUUGAUAAUACGAAAAAAACUAAUGUGAUUGUUCCUAUUCAAACUCGUGAUCGUUUGAAAGAAAAUUUGUAUCGUUCAACUGUUACACCUCCUAUUCGUCGUACGAUUGUUUAUCAAGAAAAUAUUAAUAAUUUAGGAUACUUUACAACACCUGUACCAACGCACUACGAAAUUUAUCAGCAAUCCGUUUUACCUUGA